GCUGCUUCCUUCACACCCUCAGGCGGAGAAAGUAAGCGGAGAUCUGAUGGCUUUGAAAAGGAUCCAGAAGGAGCUACAGGACUUGCAACGGGAUCCACCCUCGCAAUGCUCUGCAGGACCACUUGGAGAGGACUUAUUCCACUGGCAAGCAACAAUAAUGGGUCCAGGUGAUAGUCCAUAUCAGGGAGGGGUAUUCUUCCUCACAAUUCAUUUCCCGACUGAUUAUCCUUUUAAACCUCCAAAGGUUGCCUUCACAACAAAAAUCUACCACCCAAAUAUCAACAGUAAUGGAAGCAUCUGUCUGGACAUUCUGCGCUCCCAGUGGUCACCUGCCCUCACUGUUUCCAAAGUUUUAUUAUCCAUAUGCUCACUACUUUGUGACCCAAAUCCAGAUGACCCUUUAGUUCCAGAUAUUGCACACAUCUAUAAAUCGGACAAAGAUAAGUAUAACAGACUAGCAAGGGAAUGGACUCAGAAGUACGCAAUGUAACUUAAUUUGACUGGACGGCAAGAUUUUGAAAUGGUCGCACAUAGACACUAUUACUGCAUACAGCUCUGCAACGCACCUGAACGGAGACAGAAAUUUACCAACAGAAGAACGUCCCCCACCACAAACGCAUACCAUGUACGCACAACUUAAACUGAAACUAUUUGCUCAGAUGGCCAAGUCACGUGUUCCCAUUCACCGAGGCAUCCUGGAACAAAAGCUACCUAUCAGUUCACAAAAAUAUUUUUAUUUUCCAAUGGAUAAGUUACUUUUUUGGUAAUUUUAUUGUAUAGAAAUAAUAACAAUACUGGAUAAUUUUUAUUGUUUUUUCAUUAAAAGGUGUUAUAAAAAUAUA